CGGGGACUGGAGGCUGCGGCCACUUCGGGGGCAGCACGGCGGCUGCAGGGACCGGGGGACGGCGGGCGACGGCACCAGGGUUGAGGUGCCCCCGGUCAGCAUGAUCCCGGGGCAUGGGCCGGUGAUCCAGUCGGUGCUGGGAACUUUCCUCACGUGGGGGCUGACAGCUGCUGGCUCAGCGCUGGUGUUUGUGUUUUCCAGUGGGCAGAGGCGGAUUCUGGAUGGGAGCUUAGGCUUUGCUGCAGGGGUCAUGCUGGCUGCUUCCUACUGGUCCCUCCUGGCCCCAGCUAUCGACAUGGCCGAGGAGUCCGGCAGCUUCGGAGCCUUCGCUUUCCUCCCGGUGGCCGUGGGCUUUGCUCUGGGAGCAGCCUUUGUCUACAUGGCUGACCUGCUCCUCCCAGCACUGGGUUUCAGUGGCCCUCCCCAUGCAGCAUUUGCCUUGAGCUGUGACCAACGAGUGGUGAAAGAAAAAUCUGAGCAUGACCCUGCCCAGCAGCUGGACUACGAGAGCGAGCUGUCCAUCCGGAUAGGUAGAGCUGGGCUCCAUCCAGAUAAAGGUGAGAACGGGGAGCCCUAUCAGCGGAGGAGGGGCGCAGGGGCCAGCCUGCCAGACACACCCCCAGCAUUCACUGUGACCAAGGAUGGGGCCCCCACGGCUGGCAGCAGCAGCUGGAGGCGAAUUAUGCUCAUGAUCCUGGCCAUAACCAUCCACAACAUCCCAGAGGGUCUGGCAGUGGGAGUUGGAUUUGGGGCUAUUGGAAAAUCCACAUCUGCAACCUUCCAAAGCGCCAGGAACUUAGCCAUUGGGAUUGGGAUUCAGAACUUCCCAGAGGGCCUGGCUGUCAGCCUGCCUUUGCGUGGUGCUGGAUUUUCAACGUGGAAAGCAUUCUGGUAUGGGCAGCUGAGUGGUAUGGUGGAGCCCUUAGCCGGCAUCUUCGGUGCCUUUGCCGUGGUGGUGGCAGAGCCUCUCCUCCCCUACGCCUUGGGCUUCGCUGCGGGAGCAAUGGUUUAUGUGGUGAUGGAUGAUAUCAUCCCUGAGGCACAGACCAGUGGCAACGGGAAGCUGGCAUCCUGGACCUCCAUCCUAGGAUUUGUGGUGAUGAUGUCCCUGGAUGUAGGGCUUGGGUAGGGCAGCAUGCUGCUCCCCAGGAGAAGACUUCAGAGCCAUUUGUGCAGCAGCAUUUGGAACUGGACACACCUUACCCUCUGGACCUUUUUUUGUACAUAUUUUUUUUCUUUUUGGAUCUGGUUUGGUGUUGAUUUCCUCUAAUUUUGUAUCUCUUCAUCCCCUCCAACGCCAUGUUGAUGGUUUUCUAAGCACAAAUACGGGUGGUUCCUCGCAGGUCUUGGUUUCCUUUCGCCAACAGGAUUUUCUUUUCCCUCUGGAGGGAUGUUGGACAGGGUGUAGGUUGGGCUGCAGGUCACCCUCUCCUUCCCCUUCCACGCUGGGACGGUUUCUCUGAGUCAGGUGGCUCUGGGUUUUGAUCAUCUUUGUUCUGUAGAAGAUUAGAAAUUCGCUGUCGUGUAUGAAGCUGGUCUGUGGUUGGGUACCAAGGCAUCUGAGUGGAGAAAACUCCUGACAGAGGCUCCAUUUCCACCCUUUUUUCCAAAGGGCAUUAGGGCUUAGAUAACACCUCCAGCACUCAGUGGGAUCACACCUCUGCAUCCUGCUGGUCUUUGGGAAUGUUGUAGGGUAGUUGUUUUUAUGGAUGCAAAUAGUCCAGGCAGAUAAAAAUGAAUGUUCUUGGGAUGUCUGUAAGAGGGAAAUGUCUUUUUUUUCCCCCUUGAAUUUAUUUCCUAAGUGAACCUUUAUUCUAGUAUGUCUUGUCUAAUACCCCAGGUUUUUCUCUGGGGAAAAAAAACACAACAAACCAGAAUAACACAGGAAAGAAGGGCUUUUGUGUUUUCUAGCAUGUCCUCUUUGACAAGGCAAGGUGUGGUCCCCCAUGUUGUUGUUGAUGUGCUGCCUGACUGGUGUGCAGCAGGACACGCUUCCACGUGGGCCCAGGACUGUGCCUGGCCUUACCAAGCAAUUCCUGGUUUAUAACUGCUGGUUCAAUGAUCCGUAACUCACCAAAGAGCCAGGGCAGGCUUUUCCUGGUGGUGGCCCUGGUUGCACUUCACCCCACAGGAGAGCUUGGAGCUGAGUCGGGAUGGGAGUGUGCUGGGAGCUCUCAUCUUCCUGAGCAUCCUCAGGAUGAAAUAAUUCAUCAAGGUGAAUUAAUUGUCCAGCCUGGGGAAACAGCUUGCAUGGUGUGUACCUGCCUCUUCACCCUCUGCUUUUCAAGCAUCUCAUGUUGAGCAGCCAUUCCUGAGCAGGCAGGGUUAGUCCCUUCCAGACUGAGGAGCAAGCCCUGCCUGAGCCUCCCUGUGCUUGGAGAGUGAGCAGCCAAACGCUGAAGGUGGAAGGAUGCUGCAAACCCACCUCAAGUCCAUCUUUGCUAAGAAGGACUUCCUUAGACCCUUCAGCUGGAAUAACUGGAUCUUCUGGCUGCCACCUGCAUCUCUGUCCCUCUGCAGCUGUGGGGCUUUGGGGGGAACAGUGUGAUGAGUCGGGGGGCGGGGCACAGACUGCUGUGAAGCUGCAGGAAGAGCAGCCAAAGGGAACAGCCUUGACCAAACUGAGCUAGAACCAUGUGGAUUUGUUUGGUUCCCUUAUUUUCUUUUGGUUGGAUUUCAUUUGUGGGUCACUCUGGAUGAUACAAAACUACUGUUUGCCAAUGGAUUUGACCUUUUAACUGUGAUUGGUUUCAAUAA